AUGUCGUCCGGCAAGGUCAAGGCAGCCCAGCUCUGGGGCAAGAACAAGGAGGAGUUGAAGACACAGCUCACUGAGCUGAAGCAAGAGCUCGUGCAGUUGAGGACACAGAAGAUUGCUGGUGGCGCCCAGUCGAAGUUGAACAAGAUCCACGACGUCCGCAAGUCAAUUGCCCGCGUCCUCACCAUCAUCAAUGCGAACCAGCGCUCGCAACUUCGUCUGUUCUACAAGGGCAAGAAGUACAUGCCACUCGACCUCCGCCCAAAGCAGACCCGCGCCAUCCGCCGCCGAUUAUCGCCAGAGGAGGCCAAGCUUGUCACCGAGAAGCAAAAGAAGAAGCAGAGGCACUUCCCGCUCAGAAACUACGCUGUCAAGGCUGCGUAA